AUGAUUGACCGCUCAACUCCUAAACGGAAUAGAAGUGAAGCAUGCUUCAUCAGAACUAAAGAGCACUACAAAGUGCCCAUGUUAUCGUUGUAUGCGCGUUCCAGAUCAACAAAGGUUUUAAGACCAUUGGCAGAAGAUUUGGUUGAAGGAAUUAUCGAUGGACUCAGAGAUGAAAUAAAGGAAAAUGAAUGGAUGGAUGACGACUUCAAGAAGGUAGCGUAG